UCUGACGGAGAUCGGCCAUGUCAAUCGAUUGAGUGAACGGAUGGAUAGGGCUAUUUGGGACGCAUUUAAGGACGUGAAGAAAGGGUUUGACCCCAUUUUGGCGUUAGUUCAGCACGCUGGAGUGAGUGUCAAUUUUAGCCGGCCCGCAAAGGGCGAAACUGCGCUGAUGGCGGCUGCUUUCCAUGGCAAACUAGCAACUGUCAAGGAGCUCUUGAGUUUAGGCGCAGAUCCGUGCCUAAAAACAGCUGAUGGUCAUACGGCAUCGACAUUCGCCAACAAAUACAAUCACAAAGAGUGUGCAGAGUUGUUGGCGAUGCACCCUGUCGCGGUUCCCGCCCAGCGAGAUGGAGUGCGCCUCGGGCAUGCGAGGCAGCGCUAGUGGGUCUGUGCUGUCUUUUUCUAUAGAAAAGGACCUUAAGUGCAUGUCAGAUCUUUU